AUGGAAGAAGAUUUAACCCAUAUUAGAAGAAAGAGACUCACUACAGAGAACGGGCUGGUCUGUCUGGAGGACUAUCCAUACACUGUGUCAAUAAGGUUGCACAGUAAGCAUUGGUGCGGCGGCGCUAUUGUGGGGAAAUAUUGGGUGCUUAGUGCGGCCCAGUGCUUUGAUUACGUGACGAAAGAAGAAGUAACUGUGCGAAUGGGUUCCGUGUUCCGGGACUUCGGCGGUCGUAUCCUGGCCGUCACGGACAUUCAGCGGCAUCCUGAAUACAAAAUAGACCAGUACUAUCCUGAGCACAACCUGGCAAUGAUCAAGACGAACGUUCCCAUUGCAUUCAAUAACCGGAUACACCCAGUGGAGCUAGCUGCUGCCGACUCGGAUCUGCCAUUUAUGUUUGGCGAGACCAUCGUCACCGGAUACGGUUCCGUGGUGACUGGUCAGAUCCGGGAGGGCGAGAACCAGGAGCUGAGGCGCAUGAUAGUGCAUGCGGUUCCUCGUCCCGAGUGCCGGCUGGUGUACGGCAACGACUACCAUCUACAGCACGAUCAUAUGUGCCUCCAGAGCACAACGAAGGGGGUCGCCUUGUGUGCUGGAGACACUGGCGACCCCGCUGUGCACUUCAGUGGUAUGAAUCGAGCUGGCACUUUGUAUGGAAUUGCCUUGUUUUCAGGCACUGAAGAGUGUGCUUACAAAUCCAAACCUGGAAUAUUUGCUAAGGUUUCUUACAGCCGAACGUGGAUCGAUAAAGUUUUGAACGGCACACCUGAACCGCUCGAAAGUGCAGACAGCGGUCAAAAUGAGAUUGCAAAUGAUAUUUUAAAUACUGAUGAUUAA